CGCACGCCUAGUCUACACCUUCGACCAUAUUUGAAGGUUGGGCUCAAAUCACACGUCCAGACCUCAACCUCCCUACCCUGGCAUAGCUAAUUCUUCCAAUUUCGAUGCAAUCAAACCUGGUUUCAAACAUUGUUGCAACUCCUUCUAGAACUCUCUCGUCCCUAGGUCGCCGCUUACACCAAGUUCACCAACCUAUUUCCACCCCUGCAACAACAAGCGCUGCUCCACUUUCUAGUCAUGUCUCCCCCCCCAUCAUGUCAACACUAUCAAUCGCCCCGACAAGCUCCUUUUCCCUCUCACAAGGCUCACGUAGCGGCUCACACAUCCCUGCUCCAGCUAGCACCGCACAGACAUCCAGUGUCGCUUCAGACAGUUCCAGGAGACACGGAGCUAUUAUCAGAAUCGUGCUCGGUUCACUGUUGGGCGGAAUCCUCCUGUGUGUGUUGUCUGCGCUACUCCUCAUCCGGUGGAUAAAAACCAGGAGGAGGCUUCAAAGUCUCACAAAAGUCGAGGAAGGAACCGGCAACAUUGUUACCCCAUAUGCGGGUACUGCAUCCUCUGCUCCCCAGGUCAAGACAAAGCCGCGGUAUGAAAACCGAAAUAUCUCUGUCCGUCGGAAUUUCAGCCGCAUGGCCGAAGAGAUUCAGCAGCUGCGGGGACAGGUGAUGCGAUUUGAGUUAGAAAGUUGGAGCCGAAGACCAGUCGGGGAGGAAGCGGGGAACGCGCCGCCUGAUUAUACUACUCACGCGGGAGAAGGAAUUGGAUGUUUAGAAACGGCUUGUCCUACGACUCAUUGAUGUCAUUCGGAAACAUCAUGAAUUCCUACUUCAAUUUGAUAUUUUUGCGUGCCAACGCAGUCA